AUGACCAAGAACGACUUCUAUAAGAAUGCCAGACACCGGGGUGUGCCGCCGGUGCCGGGGACCGAUCGUUUCCCUCUGUUUGUCAAACCCGCGAAUGGACGUGCCAGUCGACUGAUUAACCACCAGUAUGUCUGUCACAACCAGGAAGAGCUGGAGGGCACUCUCCGCCGCAUCAACAUGGCGCUGUAUGAUGCUCGCGUGAGACGUGCUGAGGCGAUGGGCAUUAAAGAUACAAAGGCCGAUGCUGAAUCGUACAACCCAGUCGGGCGCGAUAGUGAUGAUAUUGUGGCCCAAGAGUACAUCGACGGGGAGGACUAUACCUGUACUGUCAUCCAACUGGGUGACGCUUGCCUUUCCUUGACUCCAUCCAAGGUGGUCACAAAAGACGAGACCCGCAUCGAGCUGCUACGCAAGAAGGAAAACCCUGUUUUGUUUGAACGUCUCCAAACCGUCGCAAUUGACGCGUUCAUGGUUAGUGGAUGUCAAGGCAGCAACAUGGGCUGCGCCGUUAAUCUUCGUGCCCGGCCGAAUGGCGACGUCUUCGCUAUUGAGGUCGACCCCCAGCCUGCGGCUUUCAUGCCUCAAGGGCCAUGCCGGGAUCUACCCAUCAUACACAGUCUUCCUGGAGGAUACCCGGCGGUUAUCAAUAUUUUCAUCGCGAAUCACUUGCUUCGAAACGCAGCGCAACGGGAUGCCGCGGAGAAAAUUGCCGCCUCGUACGAUGGCUUCGCUUCGAAAUACGACGCAGUCCAAGCCAACAGCAGCACCAUUGCCACCGCUAUUAGAAGCUUGACAGAGGCGUAUGACUUUGGCGGGACCGUCUUUGAUCUCGCCUGCGGCACGGGUAUUUUCGGGCGUGUGUUGACAGAAACCAACCCCUCGAAAGGUAGCCGCUUGCUGGGCUUCGACAUCUCCGCCCAGAUGGGGGAUAUCUGCCGGAGCAGCGGUGUGUAUGAAGCCGUUCAUAUCGACUCGAUGGAGCAGGCUCUGCUCAACGGUGAUCGCUUCGCCGAGGGCGCCGACCAUAUAGUCUGCUUCGCAGCGGUCCACUUCCUGCGCCCUGAGAUAUUCGCAUUUGUUCUGGUCCUUUGCUUGAUCCUGGCCAGGAAGUCCAUAAUCAUCGGCGUCGAUGAAAUCCCAGACGUUGACAAUGAAAAGCUCGAGCAAAUGAACGCUGGGCACAUACAUGCAUGGAACCACCUUGCCAGUAUGCUGGCAUUCGGAGAGCCUCCCAAUUGGCAAUUGACGAAGAGUACGAGGCAGUAUUCUCGGACAUCGCUUGGUACAGGAGAUGAAAUUUAUACUACGUAUUUCCGAUUUGAUCGAGUCGGAGAAAGCCAAGAUCUGAUGUUCAAAGGGCCAGAGUUUCCCAAUUAG